UCAACAUUAAGCCUCAUUUCCGAGUUGUCUGCAAUGUUCUAGAACCCCCCACACCGUUUUUUUGAUGUUUACUGCUGUCCCCGGUGUUUGCCUAUUUUUGAUGCAUCCCAACCUGCUUCAGAAUGGCAAGUCACCUGCAUGUCCGACCAGGUCCUUAAAAGCACCAUAAACGUUCGUUUUCAAAAACAACAACUCACCGGAGUGGUUACUGGUCUUCACUGGUCACCCAUAUCAAAUUUUGUUGCAAGAAGACGCUUCUGUCGUGUUUAAUUUGACAUUUUGUAAAUCCCAUUGAGUUCUAUUGAGGACUGGUGUUCGUUGAUAUUACUCCGCCACCGGCAGUGUUGCCAGAUGAGUCUGAUGAUUUCCAGCCCAAAAAAUGCUCAAAACCCGCCUAGAAGCACAAAAUCCCAAUUCUAUUGAUUUCUAUGGCAAAAAUUGGGCGGGUUUUUCUGCUAAAUGCCAUGUUUACCCGCACACAGCCUUCCUAAGCAGCCCAAUUGGGCGGGAAACAGCCCAAUCUGGCAACACUGGGCACCGGAACCGGCACUUUCUUUGUUGUGGUUCCUCAGCCCUCUCUCAGCACAGGAAAUACACGAGGAUAAUUACCUAGUUGUAGUCCUGUCGCUCAGUUGGCCAAAAGUAGGUGAGCAACGUACUGUAACAAGUUAAUAACAAAUAACAACAAUACAAAAGCAACAAGAAUGGAGUACGAACGUUGGGAAGAGGACAUUUUCGAUUUCGAGUUUGAUGGGCGAGGAUACAGAUUCGAACCGGAAUAUACAGUAGAGGAGCUACGCCAAAUGGAUCUGGAAAUGCAAGCAAGGGACACUGGGGAACCUGAAGAAGUCACAGAAGGAAUACAAGUUCCCAGGGUAUCGGGAAGUUGGUGGUGCACUUGUGGAAAGUGCAAGCCGAUGCCCACCGAACUGGAGAGUAGAUGCUGCAAAGAAUGGGAUCUUCUGGUCACUUCAGGCAUGGCUAGCCUGAAUGUCUCGGUCGAUGAGACGGGUGAGGAGGAUGAGGAGAGGGGUGAAUCGCCAUCGUGCAUUACCGAGAAGGAGGUGCGCCAGCUUCUAAAUAAACCAGUUUUGGAGACUUUCUUUUGGGUUCCGAAAAUAAACUGGAAGAAACGCCCUGUUCCAGAGGGACCAAACGGCCAAUUGUCUGAAAGACAAUAUCGUCUCGUCGCCUAUCGUGUAAUUCUAGAGUGGGCAUUGAAAGGUCACCGACUUGGACGUGGAAAUCGUGCUGUGUUACCAAGCUGCGUCGUCAACGCUGUCCGGAAUGCCUUCCCAUCCCCCACUGGGGAGUACGUAGGAUUUACACCGAAAGAGAUUGAGGACUUAUUCUGAUGUACUGGGUGUGAAAUAACACUGCCCUUAGUAGCACCCAAAUCUUUCAGAACUUUACAUUACUUUUCAUUUCCAUUCCAUUGUUGUAUAUACUUUGU